AAAGGUAGGAAAAGAGUGACGAAGAUGACAGACAGCAUGUCCACUAAUUUGACAUGUUUGAGAAAACGGUAUAAAAGCGGAAGAUUUCGCCCCAAAAUAAAGUCUGUUCCAAUUCCUACAUCUGAAGCAAUUGAAAGAAAAACAGAGGUCUCCAGGAUGGAUCAUGAUUAUUCAAGACCCCCAAAUCAUGGUAAAAAUAUUAUGAGUACCAGCAUUGACGAGGGUUGGUCGGAAUAUGAUGAAGAGGACGAGGAUGAAUUAGAUACAUCCGAUGAAGAUUACAGAGGCGACGAUAGAAACGACGAUCCGCCCGACGAAACUAAUGAGGAAGACACUUUGCACCCAGAUGUUUCAAAGAAUCUACUUGACUGGCAUGAGGUAUUUCUAAAUGUAAACCUUAUAUGA